AAAGAUUUUUGUUUGUUCGAGUCAGCGCAUUAACUGGUUACGGUCUGUUCGAACUGCGCUUCGAGAAUCUACUACUUAAAGCAUGGCUGCUCGUGCAUUUAGAAAGUUUGCCCCGCUUUAUGAUCGAGUGUUGGUACAACGUUUUGAGGCUGAGACCAGAAGUAAAGGUGGGAUCAUGCUACCAGAAAAAGCAAAAGGCAAAGUGCUCGAAGCAACUGUAGUUGCACAUGGCCCAGGAGCAAAAAAUGAAAAAGGCGAAGUUGUCCCAGUUUGUGUCAAUGUUGGUGAUAAAGUUUUUCUCCCUGAGUACGGCGGUACUAAAGUCGUUCUGGAAGACAGUGAGUACUUCCUUUUCCGAGAAGCUGAUAUUUUGGCCAAGUUCGAAAACUGACCGGUGUUGUAAGCCUAGUCCAAUCACUUUUGUACACUGAUUACUCAAAUACCAUAGUUUUUCAUUUCCGUU